AUGACAUCAUACGAAUUUAAAACCAGCAUACCGAAAGAAACCAAUAUUCUUUCAAGUGCAUCACCCGACGGCAAUGAAUUAUAUUUGCAAGCUACUCACUUUAACAAUACAAUCCUAUUACAAGUUCGAUUAAAUGGAGAAAUGGAUUCCACUUAUGAGGUGUCCUUAAAAGGGCUAAACCCGCUUCUUGAUAUUGAUCCAGUGCCAUUAGCAGGAAGCUUAGGAAACACUGGCGACAAUUAUGACGAUGAGCAAGAUGAAUUUGUAAGAGAUCAUUUAUCUGAUUACCAGGUAGUUACCAAAUUGGGAGAUAGCAGCGACCCAAAAGUACCUGUGGUAUGCAUACAAAUCGCUGAAUUAUACAGGAGGGUUGUGAUACCAGAAGUGAACGGCGCAAUGGUUCAAGGCAACAUGGAAUUCAACCUGUUGAUAUCUAUGAGCAGUAAGAUGUGGAGGGCUGCAAAAGGACAGAAUGAUGACGAUAACGAUUUUGGCAAAUUAGUGUUUUUAUUAAAGUGUAUCAAAGACAUGUAUGUAAAAUGA